AUGGACAUUACCGUUCGCGUCGAAGUGCAGUACGUUGCGCCCGAGCACGCGCUCAUCCGGGACGUGCUCCAGAUGUUCCGCACCCCUGCGUGGGUCCGCUUCAUGGUGCGCUACAUCUCGCCGCACCUCAAGAAUGCCGCCCCUGCUGACAAGUCCGUCAUGGACAAUCUGUCCUCCUGGACCGUCGGCAACAGCAGCAGCAGCAGAAGCAGGUGCAGUAGCAGCAGCCAGCGACCCAAGCGACCCAUUUCGAACGUCUCGUCUCAUCCGUCGACAGCCGACGACGACUGUGUCAUCUGCCUGAGCCAGCUACAGAGCAGCGGCGACGAGUUCGUGACGCUGCCGUGCGGCCACCAGUUCCACUUGCCGUGCAUCCGCUCGUGGCUCAAGCUCCGCAGCACGUGUCCGAACUGCCGGUUCCAGUUCCGCAAGGCCUUUUCCGGGAGCUACGCCGUGCGGACGCUCAACUCGGCGCUGCUGCUCAAGCAGGAGCAUCGGCCGCUCUUGAAGGAGCAGAUUCUCAAUACGUGCAUUGGCCGCGAGACAGUUCGUGCCGUUGUGAACGUCACGCUGAGCCAGAUCGCUGCACACGCCAAGCAGAGCCAGUACCCGUGCGUGCUCAACGCGCUUAUGAUGCACUCGAACGGCGACAGCUUCACGGAGCUGGCAGCAUCUACAGAUGCAGUUGCAUUGGCCAAGAACAAGAGCAGCGACAAGGAGACGGACGACGGCAGUAGCGAGCCGCGGACCAAGCGACUGCGUGUCGCCUAG